AUGCCUAAAGUGAAACAAGGUCUCCUUCCUAGCUUAGAGGAUCUGCUUUUCUAUACUAUUGCAGAAGGACAAGAAAAAAUACCAGUUCAUAAAUUCAUAACUGCACUCAAAUCUACAGGAUUACGUACAUCUGAUCCCCGAUUGAAAGAGUGCAUGGAUAUGUUAAGACUGACCCUUCAAACAACUUCAGAUGGUGUUAUGCUGGACAAAGACCUUUUUAAAAAGUGUGUACAAAGUAAUAUUGUGUUGCUUACUCAAGCUUUCAGGAGGAAGUUUGUCAUUCCAGAUUUUAUGUCAUUUACUUCACAUAUUGAUGAGUUAUAUGAAAGUGCUAAAAAACAAUCUGGAGGAAAGGUUGCUGACUAUAUUCCACAACUGGCCAAGUUCAGCCCUGAUUUGUGGGGUGUGUCACUUUGCACAGUGGAUGGACAGAGGCAUUCUGUUGGUGAUACCAAAGUUCCAUUUUGUCUUCAGUCCUGUGUAAAGCCCUUGAAAUAUGCUAUUGCUGUUAAUGAUCUUGGCACAGAGUAUGUGCACAGAUAUGUUGGUAAAGAGCCUAGUGGAUUAAGAUUCAACAAAUUGUUCCUGAAUGAAGAUGACAGGCCUCAUAACCCUAUGGUGAAUGCUGGAGCAAUUGUGAUCACGUCUUUAAUCAAGCAAGGAGCAAAUAACGCAGAAAAAUUUGACUACGUGAUGCAAUUCAUGAAUAAAAUGGCUGGUAAUGAGUAUGUUGGAUUCAGUAAUGCUACGUUCCAGUCCGAAAGAGAGAGUGGAGAUAGAAACUUUGCAAUCGGUUAUUACUUGAAAGAAAAGAAGUGCUUUCCUGAAGGCACGGAUAUGGUUGCUAUACUAGACUUCUAUUUUCAGCUUUGCUCAAUAGAAGUAACGUGUGAAUCGGCAAGUGUGAUGGCAGCAACUCUGGCUAAUGGUGGCUUUUGCCCAAUCACUGGUGAAAGAGUACUGAGUCCCGAAGCAGUCCGGAAUACCUUGAGUUUAAUGCAUUCCUGUGGCAUGUAUGACUUUUCAGGGCAGUUUGCCUUCCAUGUUGGUCUUCCUGCAAAAUCUGGUGUUGCUGGUGGGAUUCUUCUGGUUGUUCCUAAUGUCAUGGGCUUGAUGUGCUGGUCACCUCCUUUGGACAAGAUGGGCAACAGUGUUAAAGGAAUUCACUUUUGUCAUGAUCUGGUUUCUUUGUGCAAUUUCCAUAACUACGAUAAUUUGAGACACUUUGCAAAAAAGCUUGAUCCUCGCAGAGAAGGUGGCGAUCAGCGGCAUUCCUUUGGACCAAUGGACUAUGAGAAUCUCCAGCAAGAACUUGCUUUAAAAGAAACAGUAUGGAAAAAAGUGUCACCUGAAUCAAACGAGGACAUCUCCAGAACCGUAGUGUAUAGAAUGGAAGGUCGGGGAGAGCAAAACUAA